AUGUCCAAGUUCAAGACUCAUAAUCGACACAGAGAUCUUCUUAAACGUCACUCAAUAAGUCACAAUGACAAGACAGAAACGAAGAGGCAACACAACUCAUCACACGUAGCCAGAGUUGCUCAAGCAUGUCUACCUUGUGCUGGUUCAAAGCUCAAGUGUGGAAGUGAGAAACCGUGUCAACGUUGCCUCCAGAAGAAUAUUUCUUGCACAUUUCCACCGAGCAACGAGAAGACCAAGAAUCUUAUCAAAUCACAGAUUUCUGAAAUCAAAAAUUCGCAACCAAGUUUGGACAUGGAGGGUCUAGAGGGAGCACAAACAUUAACGACGCUAGAUUGCCACAACAGAAUGUUGGAUUGUGAUCCUCAAACACGAAACCUUCUCAGGACCGAUGCCCCAAGUGUUACAUUCUCACAACCUACGGGAAUGUCCCCAUCUGGCGCCCUGCACGCCUCACAUCAUGAGGUCUCGUCCACCCCUUUGGUCGAUCAUGCUCUUUUAUCCAUAGACGAAUCAUCUCUUGCAGAGUUUCUUAGGGAUGUGAUGAUGCCUGUAACCCCAAAUUCCCUAGCUGGACAGCAAGGUAUGGACUUUUUACCACAACACUAUUCUGGGAGAGAUGUCUUUAAUUUUGGAAUGGACUCAAGCUUGGAUAUGAAUGAUGGAGAUUUUGGUUGGAUUAAUUCUCAGAAUUGCUUAAGACAGCAGCAGUCUGUAUGGAACCCACACCUUGAGGUUGAGCCUCCUAUGGAUCGAGAGCAGCAGACUCCAAAUGUGAGCAGUGGAAUGACCGCGGGGGCCGAAGCAUUUCAAAAAUCAGUAUGGCAAUGGAAACCAAACCGGACGGAGCACUCAAACGCAGAACAGGCAAAUCUCUCUAUUUCAUACAAGGACAUGCAGUGGCAAUAUUUAGAGGCCAGACUUGCACCUGAUAUUCUUGACCAGCGGAUCGAGUACAAUUCCCGGGAUAAAAUUUUAGCAAUGCUCCUCAGCACUUGCGAACCAGGAAAUGUUUCUAGGGUUGUCAGCUCCUUUCCGUCGGCGGAUUUGUUGGACUCGCUCAUGCAUUUGUUCUUCAGAUCGGACUUGCACUCUACAGAUGCCUUUAUACAUCUACCUACUUUCAAACCUCAGUAUCAAAUGCCUGAACUGAAUGGGAUUGUGGUGGCUGCUGGGGCAGUCCUGUCCAGUGUUCCAACCGUUCGGAAAUUGGGCUUCGCUAUCCAAGAGUCAGUUCGAUCAGCGCUGCGUAAGAUCUGCGAAACUGACAAUAGUAAGACGAGAGAUCUACAGCUUGUCCAGACCUACUCUUUGGAGCUUAGCAUAGGAUUAUGGAGCGGUAACAAAAGAAAGAUGGAAAUUGCCGAGAGCAAUUCUCAGCCGCUGGUAACGAUGCUAAGGAGGUCUGGGUACUUUGGAAGAAGAGUUCCAGCGAUUCCACCUGAAGCUGGUGAUGACGACAAAAUCCUUGAUCACAAAUGGCGAGCUUGGGUGGAGGCCGAAUCUUUCAAGAGAGUAGCAUUCCAUACACUCAUCCACGACGCACAGGCUUCCAUCUCUCUUCUGACGCGGCCUCUUAUCUCAUAUGCUGAGCUUUCACUGGAAUUACCCUACACACUCGCUUUAUGGCGCGCAAAAAAUGCUCACGCAUGGAGAGACGUUUACCUGUCCUUGCCCGGUAUCUCUACCCGGCUCCCAUCUCUGAUGCACUGCGUCCAUGAUCUGCAGCCUUUGAGCAAAGUUCAAGAUUUGAUCGACCUCCGUUUCUCGACUGUCAUCAUUCUACAUGCAAUCUGGUCUCUUGUGUCAGAGUAUCGCCAGUUAGAAUUCAUUCUCAAAAUUCAGUCUCCCGAACGCCAUUGGAACGGAGCACUGAUCUCAACCUCCUGGCACCAAGAGUUAUGCCAACUACUUGAGCACUUCCGUAUCACGGUACCGGGGGGAUUGUCACAGGAGGCUGUCGUGCUUCAAGAACUCUACAUGAUGAAUCUGCAUGUCAGUUUUGAGGAACUGCAGCUGUUUGCGGGGAAAGAAGGUAAUGAAGAGGCUCAGAGAGUGUAUCCUCUACUAAAGCAAUGGUUCGGGAACCGGAAAUCACGAGAAGCUAUCUUCCACGCCGGACAAGUUCUACGUGCAGCGACUUCCUUCCCCUCGUCCCAGCUCAGAGACUUCUAUGCUGUGGCUCUAUACCAUGUCGCACUAUGCGUAUGGGUGUAUGGAAUGUGUUUGCUAGGAACCACGAGUCGUCCUAACCAGCACCUGGGGCCCGAGCACGACGAGGUCAUCUGGCUUGAUGGCGAAGAGACGGCGAGUUCGAGGCGCUUUAUCGCGAAUGCGAGAGGCAUACCGAUGAUCCAAGGCCGCGAGCCGAACUCGGCAUGUAGGUUGGAUAAUCCCAAGGCCAUGAUGGAGAGUAUCAUCGGCGUGAUGGGUAGGAGCUGUACGAGUGGAAACCAAGGUGUUCCGCCUCUGGUUGAGAACUUGUCCCAGUUGAUGAGAGACUUGGGAAAUGCUUUCGAAGUUAUGGGGAAAUAUCGCCGUGGGUAA